CAGACGGCGUGUCCGGCACUUCCGUGACGUCACGACGUCUGCGGCGAGAAGAGAGAGUGAUCACAGGGCAGUCAUAGCGGCUAGGGCGUGUAGUUUCCAACGCCGUUUCUCGCCGGAGUUCGCACGCGAGGUCACUGGAGCUUUCGCCUUUCAGUCGUUCCGACGGAGAAGUGGUGUGUGGUGCGUCGAGGACUUGACUGUGAGCAGUAAUGGGUGACUACGUGCCGGAACCAACGGUGAGACCAGCCACAGACUUCAACGCAGCAGAAGAUGGAGCAACACUGAGGGCUGCUAUGAAGGGUCUGGGUACAGACGAGCAGGCGAUUAUAGACAUUCUCACACAGCGCUCGAAUGACCAGCGACAGCAGAUUGCAAAGUUCUUCACAGAGGAAUAUGGCAGGGACUUAAUAGAAGACCUAAAGAGUGAGCUCGGUGGUCACUUUGAGGAUGUUAUAGUGGCACUGGUUGUGCCUCAUUUUGAUUACCUCGCAAAACAGCUCCACAAAGCUAUGGCAGGCCUGGGCACAGAUGAAGAAACACUUGUGGAAAUUCUCUGCAGCAAGACCAAUGAGGAAGUAAAGAAGAUUGUUGAAGCUUAUGAAAGAUUGUACGACAGACCCCUCGCUGAGCAUUUGUGCAGUGAAACAUCUGGGGAUUUCCGCCGUCUGCUGACACUGAUAAUUACUCGGAUGAUUACAGAUGGAGUGCGUGAUGAUGAAUCUCUUGACCCUGAAAAGGCAAAAGAUGAGGCUCAGCAACUCUACGAAGCAGGAGAGCUAAAGCUUGGGACAGAUGAAGAGGUCUUCAAUCGGAUUAUGGCCCAUGAGAGCUUUGCCCAACUACGGCUAAUAUUUGAAGAGUACAAAAACAUUUCCGGCCGCACAAUUGAACAGGCUCUGGAGUCUGAGGUUUCAGGAGAAUUGCUACUUGCUAUGAUGGCUUUAGUGGAAUGCGUGCAAAGUCCUGCUGCAUAUUUUGCAAAACGCUUGCACAAUGCUCUUGCUGGUGCAGGCACGGACGAUAAAACAUUGAUCAGAAUUAUUGUCUCUCGUAGUGAAAUUGAUCUGGGAACCAUAAAGAAAGAAUAUGAAAGAAUUUAUGAUAAAACACUGGAAAGUGCAGUGAAGAGUGACACUUCUGGUGAUUACAAGAGGGCUCUUGUGGCUUUGAUUGGGGGACCAUGAAGAUAAUAUAGUGGAAGCAACAUGUUUUGUAAAAAAUUUUGAACUUUUCAUGAUGUGUUUUUCAUUAUUAGUUGUAGUUGCCAAGAGUGAGGCUGUCUUGCACUGUGUGCAGUUUACUAUGCUUUUUUUCUGGUAAAUCUCUGAAUGUGUACCAAAGAAAUGUAUCAGAUGAACUGUUAAAUGAAAAAUGUUUUAAAAGUUCUUGUUUCCAGUCAAAGGCAAAAUAAAUUUUUCAUUUUGCUUAAA